AAAUGCAGCGUUUAUCCGCCAUUUUAGUUUCGUAAUUUGAUUGAUUUGUUGGCUUGCUGUCCGGACAUGAAAUUUUCGAGAUUAAAUAGAAAUAUGUUCCAGCUUUGAAUACCCAAUAUAAAGGAAUCUCUUGCCGGCAAAAAUAUUUCAUUAUUUAUUUGGAAGUAAAAGUUUGAACCUUGGAAAAAGCUAUAUUACUAUCCAAUAUGUCAGCACACGAGCAAAUGAGGGCAAUGUUAGACCAACUGAUGGGCACCGCUCGGAAUGGUGAAACAGACAGACACGGUGUAAAAUUUUAUGAUGAUGCAGUGUGCAAAUCGUUUUUAUUACAAUGUUGUCCCCAUGAAAUUUUAUCAUCCACGCGAAUGGAUUUAGGUGAGUGUCCAAAAAUACAUGAUCUGGCUCUCCGUGCGGAUUAUGAAUUAGCUUCAAAAACCAAAGACUAUUUCUAUGAUAUUGAUGCGACAGAACAUUUAGAGGCAUUUAUAGCUGACUGCGAUCGACGCACUACCGCGGCGAAGCAGCGCCUCGCUGAAACUCAAGAAGAGCUGUCUGCUGAGGUCACAGAGAAAGCUAAUGCGGUGCACGAGCUCGCUGAACAGAUUGGUCAGAAGCUGGCGCGAGCUGAAGCACUGGGCGAGGAGGGCAUGGUGGAAGAGAGCGUUAAACUUAUGGGAGAGAUUGAUGAACUACGCAAAAAGAAGGCUGUUGCUGAACAGGAAUACCGCAACUCCAUGCCAGCUUCCUCUUAUCAACAACAGAAAUUACGCGUUUGCGAAGUGUGCUCAGCGUACCUGGGUAUUCAUGACAAUGACAGGCGGUUAGCUGAUCAUUUUGGAGGAAAACUUCAUCUUGGUUUUAUUACCAUUCGUGAGAAACUAGCUGAAUUAAAGAAAACUGUGGACAAACGUCGCGAAGAGCGCGGUGCUUCGGAACGCGAGCGCAGUGGCGGCCGGCGCCACUACGUCGGCGGCCGCGAGCUCGACCGCCGCGCCCGCCGACACCGCGAGUCGGCACGAGACCGCGACCGUAACAAGGAGUCGGACCGCGAUCGUGACCGCAAAGACAGGGACCGUAGAGACGGCGAACGGGACCGUGAACGUGAGAGGAGACGCAGUCGCUCUCGCAGCAGAAGCAAACGCGAAGGCUCGCGCGAGCGGUCCCGCGGCCGCGACCGCGAGCGAGAGCGCGAGCGCGAGUCUCGUCGCAGCCGCUCCCAUCGCUCCUCCUCGAAAGAACGCAGACGAGACUAAUUUCUCUCACUUCUUAAAAACCUCUUUCUCUCUCAAAAAUUACCCUGUGGUUGAUGAAAUCCCACACUUUAUUACCCAAUCAAAUUCUCUCAAGCAUACAUUGAUUUAGAAAAGUACUGAGGAAUUCAUGCAUGUUUUAUUACUUUGCUUGUAACUCAAUUUUAUUUGCCACUUAUUUAAUAGCAAUAUGCAUGUACAAAAAGGCUCUAGCAUUGCAAAUAGAUAUUUGAAUAUAGUAUCAACAUGCAUAUUCCUAAUUUUAGAAUUCUAGUUAAUGCGAUGCAUCACCAAUAGUUGUAUAAAAUAUGUUUAUUUUUAGGUUUUUUAAGGUAAAAGAGUUAUCGGUUCUCACCAUGAUGUAUAUAUCUAUUUAUAGUGAGGUAUUUAUGUAUGUUGCCUGAAUAUCAUACAUUUAAGUUAGUAAAAAUUAACUAGCACUGCCGAAAGGAGCAAUAUAUUAAAAUUUAAUGCCUAACACUUAAUUUCACGUGUUCUUGACAAAAUGUUUUGACUGACGAUUUAACUAAACUAAAAUGUAGUUCCAAUGUAUGUAAAAUAUUUCUGUAUUACUUGAACGAUCUUGCGCUCCCUUUUAAAAGGGGCCGAUCCUAAAAUAUUACAUACAUAUAGACAUACCUACAUAUUCCCAUGUAGUAUGGACAUACAGACUGAUGUCCACGCUGGAUCGUUCAUGCGUUAUAGUUUGACAAACUCGAAUGUAACACUCCCAUGGCCCGCGGGUAGCGGGGGGCAUGUAUGCGCGGGAAGGGUUUACUGACCUUGUUUGAGAAUGAGAAGACAACAAUAGUUUCUUUACUAAAAAAAUAAUUAAGAAUGAGUUUUGACGGUAAUUUCCCCCGCCAAUCCGUGUGUACCGUGGAACUGUCACGAACGAAUUUGCCUAUAGUUUAGGGGAUUUAAAGAAGUUAUAUAAUUUAAUUUUAGGUUAUACAUAUGUAAGACUUGUUAGGUUUUAAUGUAAUAUAAGAAUAUUCGGUAUAGGUACCUAUUCGUUUGCGCUAGUUAUUUGAAGGGAUAAAUUUGUAUCGGAUAAUGUGGAAGUGACAUUUAUUUCGAGAGCCAGUCAAAUAUACUACGUUUUUUUUCGAAGAUGACGAUGUAACUUGUAGUUUGUGCUUUUUCGUUUGUUAAAAUUAAAAUCAUUAUAACUUAA